UCUUUAUCAGACUUACGAAACUCUUAUAAUGCAUUUUGUGCUAAUCAAUUAUAAACAAAAGGUGGUCAAAUUAAAGUGCUAGCAAAACUUCAGAGAAUUAGGUGGGGCCUAACAGAUGUAACUUUUGGUAAAACUUGAGAGCCUUGUGAUAUUUAUAAACACACACAAAUAUGCCAGCACCAUUCCUGACAAUAGCACACAGUUAUGUUUCCAUUGGAUUAUAUCGCUCCCUACAGGAUUGUCAUAGCAAUGCUUAUAACGUGGUGGCCACGAGGUUAAAACAGCUUUAUGAUGACAUGCAUUGGCAACAGGUGAAAACUUCUUUACUUCAUCACCCCGUGCUCGUUUAUGUAUAAAACGUGUCCGCAAAAUGUGGUGUGAGUUCACUUUAAGCAGCUCAGAUUCGGAUUAAAUCCACUUUCUUUCUCCGCCUCGUUGAUUUGUUACGCAACUCUGAGGCGUUGGAAAGGAAAGGAUAUUGCAAAAUGAUCUUUCUCAAACAUCCCAGAGACUGUGAAGAAGUGGCACGACAGUUCUGACUCUGUUGAAACAUUCGUGUGUCUGUCUGUCUGUGUCGUGUCUGUCUGAGGCGGGUUGUUGUCUUGUUUGUAUGUUAUUCAUAUGUGACUCAAACAUAACGUGAGUUUGUUUGGUUUACUGAAUGAAGUUAUGUCCUGGGAACGCCGCAAACUGUAGAUAUGGGUCUGUUGCCCCUCAUUUCUCUGCUCACGUUAUUCUGGGCUGCUCAAAGUGCUGUAAUAGCACGAAAAUCCUCAGUUUUAGACUCUUGCAUAGACUUUGGAGCCGCUUUUGAUCGAGUUUUCUCAGUACCAGGGGAAGCUGCAGUCUUAAACUGCACAUUGGAUAUCCAACAUCUCUUUAAUCCUGCAAACACCUCUUACAACAUAACAUGGUACAAUAAGAGAACGGGCUCCGAGGUGGAGCGGGUGGAGCGUGAUGUCAUACUGCAGGACAGACUACUGUGGUUCAUCAACAUCACCAUGGAGCACCAAGGGAGCUACAUAUGUGUUGUCAGAACUGAAGAGAAGUGCUUUAAACAGGCUACGGUGUUAAUGGUCACUGAAAUGACUUCAGAGAGCUGCGUGCGAGCACAGACGAGCGUGCAGAGGAUCAACGCUCAGGUCAAUGGCUUUCUCGCCUGUCCUCUGAGGAGUUAUCUAAAGAGUGUGGACAGUGCUUCAAUCCAGUGGUACAAGAACUGUGAGAUGAUUGAAGAAGAUGAGAAGUUUGUUCCCAUGAAGGACAUGCUACUCAUCAAAAACGCACAUGUUGAUGACAGUGGUUUCUACACCUGCAAAAUGACCUUUCAUUUAGACAACAUCAUCAGUGAAAUGACGGAGACUGUUGAAUGUGAAGUUCACGAUGAAUAUUCAAUGAAUCCUCGAAUGGUUGAGCCGGUUAAUGACAUCAUCAAAGUGGACAUUGGUUCAUCCUGGAGUAAAUCAUGUCGAGUUUUUGUACCGGGGAAAGGCAUUCAUUUUGUAGGGGUGCUCUGGAAAUAUAAUGUGACCUUCAUCUCUCAGGACAUCUCAGAUCGGAUUCAUCAGACAAUCCUCGAGGAAAUAAGUGCAGCUGAUGGUGUUUGGCUGGUGCGCACACUGUGGAUAACUGAGGUGUACGAGGAAGAUUUCAAUUUAAAUUUCACCUGCAUGGUGUCCAGCGCUCGAGGAAAUCCCACUGGACAGUUCAUACUCCUGCCUGCAGAUCCAAACUUUCUCCUGCCUCUUGUCCUUGUCCUGAGCUCGGUGGCGUUGCUCUUUAUAUUGGGUGCACUUCUGUGCACUUUCUUUAAGGUGGAGCUGACCUUGUGGUUCAGGAACAUGUUUCCAUUCUUCUACAAAACCACAGAUGGAGAUGGUAAACAGUAUGACGCAUACAUUGCCUAUCCACGAGUUCUGGAGGGUUCCAGUGAAAUGGCGGAGAUGUUUGCUAUGAGGACUUUACCUCAGGUCUUAGAGGGCUUGUAUGGUUAUAAGCUUUUCAUCCUUGGCCGGGACAGUCUGCCAGGAGAAGCUGUGGUGGAUGUUGUCGAAGACGCUAUGAAGCGCUGUCGCAGACUCCUGCUGCUCUACACGGCAUCUUCUCUCUGCAGUCCGGAAGCGCAGGAAUGGGCCGAACAGCAGACGGGUUUGUACCAAGCCACUGUGGAGGAGUCGAUUAAAAUCGUGCUGCUUGAAAUGGAGGAAAUCCGUGAUCCGCACCGACUGCCUCCGAGCGUCCGUCUCAUCAGGGAAAAACAAGGAGCUUUGCAAGCCUGGAAAAAGAGGAAGAGGUGGACGUGUUACGAUAUGAAGUCCGAAGACCGUGUGACCUCACUGGACCCGUCUGCGCGCUUCUGGAGGAAGGUGCGCUAUUACAUGCCCGUCAGAGGCAAAGCUAAAACGAGCAGCGUUUGGUUUAGUUUAUAGUUCAACAUUAACAUUGUACUGCGUAGUGAUGCAGGCGUGAAUCUGAAGGGAUACAGAAGAUUUGGUCUGAACUGAAAAGGACAUCAGUGACCGGACACUUUCAGCCGCCUGUUUCUCUCGGGGACUACAGUUUGACUUUGAGAGGAACCAAAGUUGUGACAUUUGGAUCCAAAAAGAGCUUGAAGAUCUGAAAAAGGCAAAUGGCAUUCAAUAACAGGAUAUCUUGUUUAUGCAACAAUGUCAGAAAUGAAUGUUUACUUUACGGGCAUUUCUUAACCUUUAUGAGGGCAUACAGUAUAAAACUGUAUUAUGUGAUAUGUGUAAUUUGCUCUUGUAUAGCUCAUUGUUAUACGAUUGUGUUAGCAGUGCAAAGGUCAUGGGAACUCACACACUGUAAGUUGCUUUGAAUUAAAGUGUCUCCCAAAUGUAUAAUUUGGCUUAAUAUAGAAUAGGAAGAAUGUACCCAAUACGAACAACUAUUUUGGGCAUUUUUGCUCCAAAGCCUCUUAAAGGCGUGCGUGCGUGCGUGCGUGUGUGUGUGCGUGUAUGCGUGCAUUAAAAUACUCAUAGCCCAGUAAAGAUGAAGCAGCAACUGUAAGUAAUGCAGUUAUACUCAAAGUAUUUUUCUGAGUAACACUGUCGUUUAUUUAUUGAUGGGUGUUUUGUUUCAUAACUGUUGUAUUUUUGCAGUUCUGUUCAGCGCCACUCCAGAUAUAGAAAUGACAUUCAUCACCUUUACUUUAACAUGUAAAACCCAUCGACCACAAAGAGUGACCCAGAUCAUUUCCUGAUAGUUCAACAGUGUAUCUUGUAUUUCUCUGUAGAAGUUUCUGUGGUCUUCUGUGACACACAUUCAGCAGUAUCUGCACUUUAUAUACGCUCAAUGUAAAUACUGUACUGUAUAUAAAACAGAGCAAAAUUAAGGUUCUUGCCUAACAAAGAAAAUUUCAUCAAGAACCUUUAUUUAGUUACUGUUGUUUUUUUUGUAUAGACCUUUUGCUUGUUUGCAAACAGAGAUGAGGUAUUUUGUGGGCGGAGCCCAACUGGUUGCAGAAAGUGACAGCUCUGCAGUAGCGUUAAACUCAGAUUUUUAUGAUUCCGGUGUUCUGUUGAAGUCUGUUCCCAUGUUUUCAUUUUGUGAAAAUGUUUCUUAUAGCAUUUGCAUCACAUUACGUUUAUUUUUUAGAUAGAUUAAAAGUUUAAAUGGCUUGGCUACUGAGAUGUGUGCAUGUAAUGCAAAUGUAAAGGUCUAUAGUGUUGGGCUUUAAAGCGUAUAGGACGCUGUUAAUUUUUUUGUUUAUAACUUCAGGGAAUAAUUCUCAGGUUGGGUGAAUCUUUAAAAAUCUAAAUUUUAAAGACAACCCUAAAAAAACUCUUGAAAGCUUGUGUACGGAUUUAAGAUACAGGUUAUGUUUUGAUCUUUUGCCCCAUGGUCUGGUUUCACAGACAAUGUUUAGCUAAAGCCAAAAAUAUGCCUUAGUUAAAUUAAGCAUAUUUACUAAACAAGCCUUAGAAAAAGGUGUUUUGAUGUGUAUCUUGAGACAAAUCAGUGGCACUUAGAUUAAGAUUUAACAUCUGACAGCUCAAACAGGUGCUUCAGUCUAGGACUAGCUAAGCCUUGUCUGUGAAAGCAGGUACUGUAGGGGUAUGUGGGGUAAGUUGUCACAAUGUUAUCCUGUUAGACUCUUUGAUGUCUUUUUGAUUGAAUGUAAAAAGUAAAUCAAUCUUGAAACAGCACAAUGUAAAAGAAUAAAAGAUUUUGAAAAACA